UCAGCUUUUAGGGCGGAUCUUUGACGCAGGGAGUCUCUCUGAGUUGCAUCGUGAGGUCUUCACACUCCUUCCUUCUAGAUGGAGGAUAAGGGGGCAGAUGUGAAGACAGAGAUGUUCCUGGUUCUCACGUGCUCACUGAUUCUCCUGGCAAGCUGCUCCAGCUGCCAGCACCACACGUGCCACUGUGCAGGCAGGAUUUUCAUCUGUCAGGAGAGCAAGGUGGUCCAGCUUCCUCGGGACAUCCCCACCAAUGCCACUGAACUGAGAUUUGUCCUUACCAAGAUGAGAGUCAUUCCUAAAGGAGCUUUUGCAGGACUUCAUGACCUAGAGAAAAUAGAGAUCUCACAGAAUGAUGCCUUGGAGGUCAUAGAAGCAAAUGUGUUUUCCAACCUUCCCAAACUACAUGAAAUAAGAAUUGAGAAGGCCAACAACCUCGUGUACAUUGAUCAAGAUGCCUUCCAGCACCUUCCAAGCCUUAGAUAUUUGUUAAUAUCAAAUACUGGCCUUAGAUUUUUACCUGUUGUCCAGAAGGUGCACUCCUUCCAGAAAGUUUUACUAGAUAUUCAAGACAAUAUCAAUAUACGUACAAUUGAAAGAAAUUCAUUCAUGGGCCUGAGUUCUGAAAGUGUGAUUCUACACUGGAAUUAUGCACAUCUGCCUUCCAUGGUCAAAAGAGUAAUCCUUUCAACCAGACCCAUAACUGAUUUUCAUGAUGACCUGAGCUCACCACCUCAGACCUCAGAUAAAUGGCUAAAUAAAAAUGGGAUUCAGGAAAUUGAGAAUCAUGCAUUUAACGGAACAUACCUGGAUGAGCUAAACCUAAGUGACAAUCAAAACUUAGAAAAAUUACCAAAUGAUGUCUUCCAAGGAGCCAACGGGCCUGUUGUUUUGGAUAUUUCCAGGACAAAAAUCAGUUUCCUGCCAGGUCACGGAUUAGAACUCAUUAAGAAGCUAAGAGCAAGGUCUACAUAUAAUUUAAAAAAACUUCCUGAUUUAAGCAAAUUUAGAUCAUUGAUUGAGGCAAAUUUCACCUAUCCUAGCCAUUGCUGUGCAUUUACAAACUGGAAAAGACAAAACACUGAAUUACAUCCAAUAUGUAGCAUAUCUCAGGCUAAGCAAGACCUUGAUGAGCAACCUGGCAAUAAGAUACAUAGACGAUCUGCAGCUGAAGAUUAUAUUUCCAACUAUGCUAUUGGUUUUGACCCUUCAGAGAAUGAAUUUGACUAUGGUUUAUGCAAUGAAGUAGUUAACGUCGCUUGCUCACCUAAACCUGAUGCUUUCAAUCCAUGUGAAGAUAUCAUGGGUUACAACAUUCUGAGAGUCCUGAUAUGGUUUAUCAGCGUUUUAGCUAUCACUGGGAACAUUGUUGUUCUCAUUAUUUUAAUAAGCAGUCAAUACAAACUCACUGUACCUCGUUUUCUAAUGUGCAAUCUCGCAUUCGCAGACCUCUGCAUAGGUAUCUAUCUGUUGUUUAUUGCAUCUGUAGAUAUACAGACUAAAAGCCAGUAUUACAACUAUGCCAUAGACUGGCAAACAGGGGCUGGAUGCAAUGCUGCAGGAUUUUUUACAGUGUUUGCAAGUGAACUCUCAGUCUACACAUUGACUGUGAUAACUCUGGAAAGGUGGCAUACUAUCACCUAUGCCAUGCAACUGGACCGCAAGGUUCGAUUUCGGCAUGCUGUGAUUAUAAUGAUUUUUGGCUGGAUGUUUGCUUUCACGGUGGCACUUCUUCCCAUAUUUGGUGUCAGCAGCUACAUGAAGGUCAGCAUAUGUUUGCCCAUGGACAUUGAGACACCAUUUUCUCAGGCUUAUGUUAUAUUUCUUUUAGUGUUGAAUGUACUCGCCUUUGUGAUCAUAUGUGCCUGCUACAUCUGCAUCUACUUUACUGUAAGAAAUCCUAACGUCAUCUCUUCAAAUAGUGACACCAAGAUUGCCAAGCGCAUGGCUAUAUUGAUCUUCACAGACUUCCUCUGCAUGGCGCCAAUAUCAUUUUUUGCAAUAUCAGCCUCACUCAAGGUUCCUCUCAUCACAGUGUCUAAAUCCAAGAUCCUCCUGGUUUUGUUUUACCCCAUCAAUUCCUGUGCCAACCCUUUCCUCUAUGCCAUUUUCACAAAGACUUUCCGCAGGGAUUUCUUCAUUCUGUUGAGCAAGUUUGGUUGCUGUGAAAUGCAAGCCCAGAUUUACAGAACAGACACUUCCUCAUCUGCUCAUAAUUUCCACACAAGAAAUGGUCAUUAUCCUCCCGCAUCAAAAAACAGUGAUGGGACUAUUUAUUCACUGGUUCCUCUAAAUCACUUGAACUGAAAUGCCUGCAUGAAUUUGUGUCUGAGGCAGUGUGAUAAUCACUUUCAACUGUGAAUUUGAAUAAUGACUACAACAUAACAUGGAAACUUAUUUUGAUGGGAAAACAUUUUUAUUUCCUCUUUGCUUUUUUGUUCAAUGAACAGUCUUCAGAGAUGACACAUGAUCUUCAUUAGUUCUUGAAGGACAAAGAACAAAACGGCAGUAUAUGUCAGAGUGUCCUUGUAGAAUUGUCUCCAGAAAUAAAUGAGCUUAUAAACGGGUAUCUCAUACUAUACAGGCAGAGAUUGCCUUCAUUCUAGGAAGAUGUUACCUGCUUACUGACAAUCAAAUAAUGGUUAUAUGUAGUCAAAAGAAAAAAAUAUGUAGAAUUAUUUUUUUUGUCUGUGAAACAUGUUAUAGUAAUGACUGAUAAUUAUCUCUUUUCAUUAAUCAUCAUAUCUCCUAAGGUUACAGGAGAAAGAAGUCCAGUCUUUACUGUUUUAAGCCCUCCUUCAGUACAAACUUACCAGGAAUGAAAAUAUCUUCUGCUUCCAUUUGUGUUUACCAUAGCAGAUGGGCUGAUGCAUCUCCAGCUAGGUUAACGUUAGCUGUCCCACACUGUGUGUACGUAUUUUAAUCUGCAAAAAAAUAUCACGUUGGGUAGGAUUGUGUUGAUCUAGACUGGUAGGCUCAAAGAAACAGAUUUCACGUGAAUUAAUAUCAAGGAGAUUAGUUUGAUUUGGGUUUUGUUUCCAAGACAAGAAAGAGAGGAACAAAAGAAGAAGAAAUCCUUCAUAACAAGGAGGAUGCUUCCUCAAGUUGAUUUCACAAAGUUAUGUUGAAAUAGCUUUUCUGGAGUUGGACCCCUUGGUUAUUUGGACCCCUUGGCUAUGUGGGUUGUUCUAAUAUGAUUCCUUGAGCUAUGUCAGGGUCAUUGUCUCCAGAUGCAUCCUUUUGGCUUAUGAAUAUUUGAACAAAAGCUUUUAUGAUACCCUGAACGUACUCUUUCUCCUUCCCUUAUAAAUAAUGGUUCAUGUGCAGCUUAUAAGAUGAGGCUCCUGACUGAAAGAUGUGAAAGGCAUAAGCUGCAUAUGUUGAAACAAGAGGGGAAAAAAAAAAUCAAGAUUUCCAGAUUUUACAGAUGUUUUGAAUAACAUCUGAAUCUGAGUGCAAUCUUUUUGCAAGGCUUAAAAAUGAAAUGGUUUACAGGUUAAUCAUUCCGAAAUACAUUGAGUAUUUAGAGUUGGGUUGUGUUUUCUCUUGGUGACUAUGCAUCUAUGUGAAGAUAUGGAGACAUAAAAAAGCAAAGAAAUAAUCAAAAAAAACAUGAGGGCAGGAGUCUGAACUUCAUUUCCACCUCACAGACAAUUCACUUUUUUGCCCCAUGAUAUUAAAAAUCUUUGGAGUCUU